AUGUCUUUCAUCAGAACUGUCAUGGCGGCACUGGUUCUACUCACAGCCCCAGCCGCGGCGGCAAAGUUCUGCGACGGUCAAGUGUGCUACUCCGAGUUUGUCAGUCCCCAAAAGAUUGCGUUCCGCGUCGCCAUCCCGGACACGGCAGCCCAAGGCACGAACUUCGACAUGCUUCUUCAGAUCGUAGCACCCAAGACUGUUGGCUGGGCUGGCAUUGCCUGGGCGGGUCGGAUGGUCAACAACCCCCUCACCAUCGCCUACUCGGAUGGUGGUAGCAGCGUCACGGUCAGCAGCCGCUGGGCUUCAUCCAUGUCUCCCCCUUCCCCAUACCCCGCCGCAUCGUAUGAGAAACUCCCAAUGUCAACUACGAACGCCACACACUGGCGUCUAGAUGCCAUCUGUAGCGGCUGCAGUUCCUGGCAGGGUGGUGCACUGGAUCCUGCGUGCACCACGGCGGCAAUUGCGUGGGCCAUGGCGCAUGCAGCACCCGCACAACCGUCAAGCAACACCAGCUCCAUCCGUUAUCAUUCAAGCAGGGACCAUAUCAGCUUCGACUUGGCUGCUGCCAAGAUUGCCAACUUCAACGACGUGGUUGGUGCUCUGAGGGAAUUUGGUGCCGGGACUGUUUGA